AUGGCCGACUACCUGAUUAGCGGGGGCACGUCCUACGUGCCUGACGACGGGCUCACGGCACAGCAGCUCUUCAACUGCGGCGACGGCCUCACCUACAAUGACUUUCUCAUUCUCCCUGGAUACAUCGACUUCACUGCAGACCAGGUGGACCUGACCUCUGCUCUGACCAAAAAGAUCACUCUGAAAACGCCCCUGGUGUCCUCACCCAUGGACACGGUCACAGAAGCUGGCAUGGCCAUAGCAAUGGCGCUUACAGGUGGUAUUGGCUUCAUCCACCACAACUGUACACCUGAAUUCCAGGCCAACGAAGUUCGGAAAGUAAAGAAAUACGAGCAGGGGUUCAUCACAGACCCCGUGGUGCUCAGCCCCAGGGACCGCGUGCGGGACGUGUUCGAGGCCAAGGCCCGGCACGGCUUCUGCGGCAUCCCCAUCACCGACACGGGCCGCAUGGGCAGCCGCCUGGUGGGCAUCAUCUCCUCGCGGGACAUUGACUUUCUCAAGGAGGAGGAGCACGACCGGUUUUUGGAAGAGAUCAUGACCAAGAGAGAGGACCUGGUGGUGGCCCCUGCGGGCGUCACGCUGAAGGAAGCCAACGAGAUCCUGCAGCGCAGCAAGAAGGGGAAGCUGCCCAUCGUGAACGAAGACGACGAGCUGGUGGCCAUCAUUGCGCGGACAGACCUGAAGAAGAACCGCGACUACCCCCUGGCCUCCAAGGACACCAAGAAGCAGCUGCUGUGCGGGGCGGCCAUCGGCACGCACGAGGACGACAAGUACCGGCUCGACCUGCUGGCCCAGGCCGGCGUGGACGUGGUCGUGCUGGACUCCUCCCAGGGGAACUCCAUCUUCCAGAUCAACAUGAUCAAGUACAUCAAAGAGAAGUACCCCAGCCUCCAGGUCAUCGGAGGCAACGUGGUCACCGCCGCUCAGGCCAAGAACCUCAUCGACGCCGGUGUGGACGCCCUGCGGGUGGGCAUGGGCAGUGGCUCCAUCUGCAUCACCCAGGAAGUGCUGGCCUGUGGGCGGCCCCAAGCCACGGCGGUGUACAAGGUGUCCGAGUACGCGCGGCGCUUUGGUGUUCCGGUCAUCGCUGACGGGGGGAUCCAAAACGUGGGCCACAUCGCCAAGGCCCUGGCCCUGGGGGCUUCCACAGUGAUGAUGGGCUCCCUCCUGGCCGCCACCACCGAGGCGCCCGGGGAGUACUUCUUCUCCGACGGCAUCCGCCUGAAGAAGUACCGGGGCAUGGGCUCGCUCGACGCCAUGGACAAGCACCUCAGCAGCCAGAACCGCUACUUCAGUGAGGCAGACAAGAUCAAGGUGGCCCAGGGCGUGUCUGGGGCGGUGCAGGACAAGGGCUCCAUCCACAAAUUUGUCCCCUACCUGAUCGCCGGCAUCCAGCACUCCUGCCAGGACAUUGGUGCUAAGAGUUUGACCCAAGUCAGGGCCAUGAUGUACUCCGGGGAGCUCAAGUUUGAGAAGAGGACGUCCUCCGCGCAGGUGGAAGGCGGCGUCCACGGCCUCCAUUCGUAUGAGAAGCGGCUUUUCUGA